AUGAGUCUCGACAUUUACUUCCGAAACUCUGGUAUCUCGCCAGAGAACCUCCCCUACGCUGCUGCUCUCUCUUCUUCCGCUUCCUCUUCCACCUCUUCCGUCUUCUCGGAUGCCGCGUCACAAGCAUCCAGCACAAGCUCAACAUCAUGCCCCUCCAACUGGGAGUCAGAUGAAUGGAGCUCUAGCACAGGUCAUAUUGCCACGGCAACUGCUGUCAACUUCUCUAACGUGGCUGCGCUUCAGCCAAUCAACCGUGUCAGCACCUUCCCUCAGUAUCAGGCCUCGGCUUGCCGAGAGACUGUUCAGGAAAGGCUGCCAUCGUUGCGCCAGGCUGAGCUCAUUGCGCCGGCGGAGCAUAGACAACACCCGAGACGAUCAUCAACCACCAUCAACCAGCGUGCUCCUCCUCAGUUAGUACGACAAAGCGACCGAAAGGUCAACUUCGUCGAUUGCCUCGUCGAUUCCGCAACCCAAAUGGUAGAGGUCAUCUGGCAGCUCUCUGAGCCCAAGAGCCGUUGCGAGACUGUUGCUGGACGCGGUGUGCUUCCCCUGCGCACCUUCAUCCAGGAGACUCUUCGCCGAUCUCGUACCAGCUACUCCACUCUGCAGGUUGCACUGUACUAUCUGAUUCUCAUCAAGUCGUAUCUGCCCAAGCAUGACUUCACCAUGCAGCAGCAGUCAGAAGAAGCUUCCGUGCGCGCUUUGCAGUGUGGACGUCGCAUGUUCCUCGCGGCACUCAUUCUCGCCUCGAAGUACUUGCAAGAUCGCAAUUACUCCGCUCGCGCAUGGAGCAAGAUCUCUGGCCUGAAGGUCUGUGAGAUCAACACCAACGAAAUGGCUUUCCUGCAAGCUGUCAACUGGAAGCUUCACAUCACUGAUCCCGUAUGGGAGAAGUGGCAGGAAGUUGUUCUGCGUCACACGCCCACCAACCCUCCCUCAUCUCCCGGAGCUAAUCUUCCCAACACCUGGAAGGAUGUCAUCCCAAUCUUGACGCCCGAGCUGGAAGUCAUUACUGUGAAGCCAAAAACAGCUACAGCACCUGUGCGCCCUUCUUUCAGGUCGGCACUCAGCCAUCGUGCGACUCGUUCGCCUACCUCAGCUGGCUACGGUUCGCAAGAGAGCACACCCACACCUGUUCUGUACCAAGCACCUCGCUUCCUGGAGCCAAAGCCUGAUCUGCUUCCUCCUACUCCCAUGCGCUUGGGACCUCUGCCUACACCUUCAUUGACACCGCAGUCCAUUGCCAGUUCCACUCCUGCAGCGAGUGCCAUGGCGAUGGGUUCGCGUCGUCCUUCGAUGUGCACGGCAAUGCAGCAAGCACAGUGCUCGUCUCUGGCGCGCACUUGUGUCGACCAGUUCAACCCAAGCAUCAGGAACGGGCUCGAAGCCUACCACUUCUCGAGUCGCAGGCCUUCACUGGUGCCAUCCGUCUCUUCCAUCUCAUCGUCUCCUGAGUCGAUGAUGACAGACAACUCACGCUCCUCGCGCGCUUCGUCAAUCUCCUCAGUUUCGUCUGUUGGCUGGGCGCCACCAAGUCAGGCCAGUUUGGCUCGACUGGCGACUUGCCGCAAUGCGAAGCUGCCGUACCCGGUGCUUUCGAAGUGCAACGAGUACGCCCCUAGCGAGCCUACGUCGUCUCCCGAGUCUGUGGACCGUUACCAGAUCGAUGAUGCGGAAGCAACCCCCAUGCGCGUCGAUAGUCCUCUGUCUGUCAAGUCUAUCAGCCCUUCGCGCAAGCGUGGAAGGUCAUCUGUUGAUCUUCAGCACAGUGUUCGUCACCUGCUGAAUAACUCGCGUCCGAGCUUCACUCUUCACAGUCAGCCAACCGUUCUGCCCGACCGAUCUAUUGCCCAGCCAUCGUUCUCGACACUCGAGAGUGAGUUGAAGGGGCUGCAGCCGCCCAAGAACUUUGCCCCCGAAUGCUCGCGUCUGCCAGUGCAGAAAGACUUUGGGAAGAAGCGGACGUGCUGCUCCACCGAGGCAGCGCAUGCGUAUCACAGGCAAGGGCCUGGCAUGUGGGACAAAGUCCUAUUGUAG